AUGAGAAUUGCAUGCCUCCAAUUCGAGCCCUCAUCGGGCAAUGUCGACUAUAAUAUGAGCCGUGCUGACGCGAUUCUCUCCCGGAUGAAUCCCAAUAUGCUCUCCACCAUUGAUCUCCUCGUGCUCCCCGAAUUAGCGUUUUCAGGGUGCCCUCCUCCAUCCUCGGAGCAAAUAUACGGGCACUCCGAGCACUUAGGCUCAGGUGUCACUGCUCUCUGGGCCCGCACCUUCGCCGUCAACUACAACUGCUUCGUGGUCACUGGGUAUCCAGAAAAGACGAAUCAAUUGGUGAGGAAGGCUGAGUACUAUAACUCAGCUGUUGUCAUCGACAAAAAAGGGGAGACAGCCGGGAAUUAUCGCAAGUGUUUCCUGCACGAGAUUGAUGAUAAUUGGGCCUCAGAAGGCCCUGGCUUCUUCGGUUCCCAAAUCCCUGGCCUUGGGAAAGUAGCUCUAGGGAUUUCGAUGGAUAUCAAGUCAGUUCACCUUCCCACCUUUCCAUUCUGCACACUGAUAACGAGCAGCCCAUACAAAUUCGAAGCACCAUUCCACGCAUUCGAAUUUUCCUUUCACGCCGUGGAUACGCAAGCGAAUCUCAUCAUAAUCCCUAUGGCUUGGUUCACUGAACAACGACCGAGAAACUACACAUCCCUUCCCCAGGAACCGGACCUCGAGGCGAUCAGCUAUUGGGUUCAGCGUCUUGAGCCCAUCCUCCGAACAGACAAGACUGAGGAGAUCAUUGUGGUAUUCUGCAACCGUACCGGUAUUGAGAACGACAUGAUCUACACGGGCACAAGUUGUGUGUUAGGGAUCAAAGAGGGUGAGGUGCUUGUCUAUGGCCUUCUUGGCCGCGGCCAGAAGUCUGUUCUCCUCGUCGACACAGACAAUGAUGAGCCUAUUGGGAAGCUAGUCCAUCAGCUUGACAAGCCGGCAGACUCACAAGUGCCAACCGCCCACACAGCCCGACUUCAAGUGCCCGCUAUCGAUACUUCUCUACCUUUGAAUUCUGUCAACGCCUAUUCUGUCUGUUCCCUGGCACCAAAUGAGGACCAAAAGAUGUCUGGUCCUCUAUCGAUGAGUCCCAGCAAGAGUGAUCUCAAGGCUCUUUGUGACUUACUUGCAGAAUAUUCAAGGAGUUCAGGGACUCCAGAAUCUCCUGACACCCAGCGAGGUGAAUGA